ACCACCCGAGCAACUUUCCAACAUGGCCGCCGCUUCCACUUGAAGACAUAAACAAAGCCAAACAAAGUGUUUCAAAGGUUUUAAAAUUCGUGCCCCUACGGUGGUAUUUUGUUAAUUGACAAUGCCUUACUGGUACUAUGACAAAAAAGAGCUACGAAAUACUCCUUCAAUUCAGGACGGAAUCGACUAUGAGACUGAAUGCCGCUACCGCAAGGAAGGUGCUCGCUUCAUCAUCGACACCGGCACCAAAAUGGACUUGGGCUACAACACGAUGGCCACGGGCGUCGUCUACUUCCACCGGUUCUACAUGUUCCACUCUUUUCGGGCAUUCCCUCGCUACGUGACCGCCUGUUGCUGUCUUUUCCUCGCUGGCAAGGUCGAGGAGACUCCGAAAAAGUGCAAAGACAUAAUACGAACGGCACGCGGUCUUUUGACGGAGCAAAAGUUUCUGCAGUUUGGAGAGGACCCCAAGGUACACACUGAGGAAGUGAUGACUCUCGAGAGAAUACUUCUUCAGACGAUAAAGUUUGACCUGCAAGUGGAACACCCGUACCAAUACCUCCUAAAGUAUGCCAAGGCCUUGCAAGGUGACAAGGUGAAGCUGCAGAAAAUGGUGCAGAUGGCUUGGACUUUUGUCAACGACAGUCUGUGCACAACCCUGAGUCUGCAGUGGGAGCCGGAAAUCUUAGCAGUGGCCUUGAUGUACUUGGCCAGCAAGUUGAGCAAGUUCGAGGUGGAAACGUGGCACGGUCGAAAACAUCACCAUCUCCGUUGGUGGGACCUUUUUGUUGAAGACAUCACUAUGGAUUUAUUAGAAGAUAUUUGUCACCAAGUCUUGGACUUGUACUCGAAGCCAAAAGUGGCCCCACCUGCCGUUUCGCCACCCAUGGGAGCAUCGACAAUAAAGCCUAUUCCUCCUCCGUCUCUUAAACGAGCCGUUUCCAGUAACCCCGAUUCUCCAGGUUCUUCGAAAGUGCUCAAAGAUGAAAAAAUUGACUUAAAAUCCGAUGAUGUUAAGUUGCCUCCGGAUAUGCUGUUGCCGCCCCCACACAUUUUACCGCCGGUUGGUCCGCCCCCAACAAACGUUCCUCCGCCUAACAUGUAUCAACACCCGCCUCCAAAUCACCAUUCUUAUCCGCCGCCACUAAUGGGCCCAGGUUCUACGCAGGCACAUCCGCAACUACCGCCAUUCCACUUCUCGAAUUAUGUUAUGCCGCACCAGCCCCCUACGCUGCCAGGACAGGCACCUUAUUUUAGACCCCCGUAUUAUGAAAAGUGAACUUUGUAAUUUUUGCGUGCAGAUCAUAAGUAAAGUUUGAUCUUAUCUUUUAAAAAA